AUGUUUGUAAGUGAAUGCGGAAUUCGAUAUGAAAAGGCGAAGAGAGCUUCCAGCUCAAUAGAUCGAUGCGGUCGAAGCGAAAGAAGAAGAGCAAAGCGAACGGAGAGCGCAGUGAACGGAAGAAGAAACCGGCGAAAAAGGAAAGAAGCCAACGGGUGCGGAAGGUGCGUGCUGAAAAGAAGGACGACGCGGAGAAGAACGAAGAACGAGGGACGGUGAUGAGAGCGGUCAGCACGGGAACGACGGGCGGCACCACUGGCGGAACAACCGGAGGACUCCCGGAACCGGCGGACGACAAAGGCAGCAAUUUCGAGAAGAAGAAAAAGAAGGAGGAGACGAAGCCGGAGCCGUGGACGGGAGAGGAAGUGGCGAAGAAGAUGGUUGCCGCCGGACUUUUCAGUGAGCGAAUCCAGUUGAGUUCAGCAUCUUAUCUGCUUCGUUUUAGACGCGGACAGCAUCAGCAGUGCUUUCAAAGAGCUGCCAUCCACGAAGCCUUCGCAGGACGACUGUCCUCGAUUCAAGAGCAACCUCCCGAAGGUACGAGCUCCGGACUUCCCGAUUCCCGACGAUAAGCUCAUCAAACUGAGCCACGCACCAGAAAAUUUCAUCUGCGCCGCCAAAGUGAGCGUUCCGGAGUUCAACCGGACGAUGAUUCUGACUCAAGUGCCGGACGUGACCAGUCCGGCGAACAUCGAGGACUUCUGGCGGAUGGUCUUCCAGGAGGAGAUCAUUUCGGUGGUGAUUGCAGUGAUGCCGCUCGAGUGCUCCGUCACACUCCAACAAUUAUUCCCGAUUUCGAGCGGAACGUUCGCCAACCACGGAAAAAUGUUUCUGAACAACAAGAAAGUGGAGUCGGCAGUCGCAAUGACCUCCUACACUCUGGAAUUGCUGCCCGACGGAUGUUCGAACUCGAUCAACACGACUGUUUACCACUUGCACAAUUGGAAGCAGAAGAAAGGAUUGGAGAAUGUGAGAGAGCUUGUCACGACCAUGGAAAAGAUUGUGAAGACUAACGAGGUGAGAAUGCAUCGGAAGAGUGACGAGACCGUUCAGUUCUUCAGAAUACAGUGUUGAUGAGCAUGAAUGGGACGGGAAGAGCCGGCACGAUGCUCACGAUCUUCACGAGUAUGCUGCACGUAAACAAGGAGAAGGAAGUCAAAGUGAAGGACAUUCUGGAGAAAUUGAGAUUAGAGAGAUGUGGACUCGUGGAGAAUUCCGAGCAGUUCAGCACUGUGCACAAGGCGUUGGCUCUGUGGUUCAAGACCAAAUCGACGGACGAUGAUAUUCAGAAGAAGGUGCAGGAGUACGCGCCGUCCCUUUAG